AUGGCCAACAAUACAACAAUCAAAAUGGAUCCCAUGCGUGUAACGCUGGCGGAUAUUCAAAGAGGUAUAACUUUGAGUAAGCAACUCGAUAAUUUCAAGACUUUUGCGACAACACUACAAUGCGGCCGCUCCUUGGUCGGCUCGGCCACGCGUCAGCCUAAGCAUAUUAAGGUGACACUUUGGAAAACUAGUGAAAUUCUGCUGUUCGAACAGCGCAGCUUAACUGUGUUGGCAAACACUGACGAAGGUAAGGCGAUUGCAGAGGAUAAUGAACGUUAUGACUACCUUACAUCCGCGCAAGGUAGACGACGUCGCACCAUCGACGCCGAAGCACAAACCACUGCACUUCUGUAUAAGAGUCGCGAUGUGAAUACCGAACGCAUACGCACCGACAAUGUCGCUUCAUAUGUGUCGAAUUUCGAAAUGUUCGACACCUAUAAGGACCUACAAGCUACAACAAAAAGUGUUGAAUUGGAUGAGCACAAGAAGAUGGAGAUCACCACUUAUAGGGUAGAAGGCAGAGAUACAUUCAUCGACAUCAAUCAGCAGCAAAGUUUUCGCUUGGCGCUGAUGCUUACCAUGCGCGCGCUAGCCGGCAAUGUAUUCGAGCGACAGCAGCGGCGAUUUCGUAAUAUGUGUCUGCCCGAUCCGCUGGCAACACAGGUUAGCUACCGUUAUCGUGUCGAAUUGCUUUGGCGCUUUCAAUUGCCACACACACUGGCCGGUGAUAAGCAAAAAGCUGUGGCCGAUCUCAGCUGGUGUCCACGCAAUGGCGAUAUACUCGCUGUCGCGUAUGGCGUGUAUACAUUCAGGGAUGAUAAUGCAAAUUCCGAUGGUUGUGUAUGCAUUUGGUCUAUUAAAAAUCCAGUCAACCCAGAGCGGCAAUAUAAAUAUCGCAUACCCGUCAUGACUGUGGAGUUCUCGCCCUAUAACCCGCAAUUGCUGGCCGUCGGCUUGUCGGAUGGCACAAUUGAAGUGCUGAAUAUAACUGAGCUCGAGGCACCGCCAAUAGCUCGUACUCAUCGCCGUUCUCUACAUAAUUGUGAGCCGAUUGUGGCCAUAAAAUGGAUUUCGCAAAGCGAUACGAUUGGCGAAAAUUACGCUACUGAACCAUUUUUGGCGUUAUCGCGUGAUGGUGCCGUUACAAAAUAUAGCAUAAUUAAUAGUCCACACUUACUGGCGAAUCAGCUUGUUUUGUUGGAUCGCAUCGAGGCAAAGCCCGAAGGUAUACAAUUAGAUAGAACGCGUGAGUUACUACAAGCUAAUCGGCAUCCACAGGGCUUAAACCUCUGCUUGAGUCCCAUUCAAAGUGAUAUUUAUUAUGCACUCACGGAUGAGGGUUCUCUACACAAAUGCUCUACACACUAUCCACGGCAACACUUGUCGGUGUUGCAGGUGCAAGAGGCUGGCGCAAAUGCUAUGGACUUCUCGCCGUGGUCUCCGAAAUUGUAUUUGACCUGCGGCAAUGAUUGGUCAUUAAAUAUUUGGUUGGAUGGUAUUUUUCAACCAAUAUUCACUUUGAAGCAUCAUAUAGGUCCCAUUCACUGCGCCCAUUGGAGUCGUACACAUUCCACAAUUAUAAUUUCGUUGAGUCGAAAUUAUGUUGAUGUUUGGGAUAUUAAGCAAAGCAUAUUGCGGCCUAUGUCGUCGACUAGCAUCAAUGGGGAGUACUACACCUGUUGUGAUUUGUCGCUUUGUGGUCGCUCAUUAGCUGUUGGCAAUGAAGCUGGUAACGUUUUGAUGCUUGCCUUCGAAGAUAUGCCGUUUCCCGCAUACUAUCAGUAUGAUCAAUUGGAGAAAGCUAUACUCAACUUGCUCUCCAAUAAUAAGGAAAUGAAGAACAAAGUUAAGAGUCUCGGUUUCUUUGGCUACACAGAACAUGUUAGAUACAGGAUCAAAAAACAUGGUAAAAGGAGUAAAAAAUCACAUACUGAAACUAUAGAGAGAACAACUGUAGAGAUAACUUAA